AUGAAUUACUUGACUCUUCCAGAGACCUCGUCGGAUACUAAGGGUAGUUCCUCUGAGAAGCAACAAGUUAGAGCGUCCUCCUCUGUCCAGGGCAGAUCUGCCUAUGGCAAGCACCUCUCCGUGGGGACUCGGCUGUCUCGUACCUCCUAUGGCACCAGCAGCCUUAAAAGUAAAAGCUCUAAAGGGAGUAAGGGGAGUGGCGGCUCCGUGGAAGCAGGCUGGGAUCAAGACCAUGAGAAGAAAUCCAAACAUAAAACCAAAUUCCAGCGGGGUCAGAAGAAGCACAUGACUAAAGGAGAUUUAAUGAAAAAAUUCUGUACUGAAGUACGUAAAAUUUGUGUCCGUAUCCAAGAUAUGCUCUUAGUCCUCAUCAAAAGCAAUUCCUUUGAGUCCUUCAUCUUCAUCGUGGUCUGUCUUAACACUUUGUUGCUGGUGAUCCAGACUUUUGCCGAGGUGGAGGUCUGGGGAGAAUGGUACUUCACAGCUUUGGACUCCAUCUUCCUCUGCAUCUACUUUAUGGAAUCUUUUAUAAAGAUCCUGGUCCUGGGAACUGGAUACUUUCAUAGCUGGGACAACCUAGACUUUUUCAUCAUGAUCAUGGCCCUGUUGGACUUCGUGCUCAAGCAGAUCUACUUCUCCUCUGCCCAGAAAAUGACCCAAAGCAAAACUGUCUUCCGAGUUCUGAAGAUCUUUAAAGGCCUUCGAUCCCUGAGGGCCAUCAGGGUGAUGCGGAAACUCAAGUUCCUCACCAGCCUCAAGGGGGUGGCCGAGACUCUGGCCAGAUCAGCAUCAUCCAUCGCAGCCAUCCUUGUCCUGAUGUUCACCUGCCUUUUCUUCUUCUCUGUGAUGCUCCGAGCCCUGUUCCAUGAGGAAGAUCCGAAGCAUUUUGGGAACAUCUUUAUCACCAUCUUCACCCUCUUUACCAUGCUCACCCUGGAUGACUGGUCCAUGACCUUCUUGGACAAACGAACAACAAGUUCCUGGUAUAUCAUUCCCAUCCUCAUGAUCUACAUUGUCAUACAAUACUUGAUUUUCCUCAACCUAGUGAUAGCAGUGCUGGUGGACAACUUCCAAAUUGUCCUUCGUCACAACCAGGAAAAGGCAAAAGAGCAGAAAGUAGCCCGGAUGCAGGAGAAGCUUCUGGACGAGUCUCUGACGCACCUUGAUAAAGAGGUGGAAGAACAGAAGAGUGAUAUCUCUUUACAAAUGGAUAUUAUUGAGAAAAAAUACGGACACUUUACUCCCUCGUAA